AUGCAGUUCAUCUGGCUGCUGUUGAUCGGCGCACUUGGUUGUUGUGCAGCUGCUCCACGUGGUUACUACGAUUACGAUUAUUCACGGCGUCGGUCGCCGUCUUCGGGAUACAACUACAACACACAGAGCAGUCGUUACAGUCGACAGAGCAGCAAUAAAUCGGAUCAAGAGAAUGCCAAAUUUGCUGGUGCACAGAAUCAGGAAUUGGAUGAUCUUAAUGGCAAUGCGGGCGACACGAGAACUCUGCUGCUCAAGAAGAAGCUGAAGAAACUGUAUCGACCGUAUGCGGCGGCAGCUGCUUCUUCCUAUGGCUAUGGCCGACCUUGCAUACCCUUUGGACGAGAUGCCGGUGGACAGAAGGAUCCCGUGGAGCAGGGACGCUUCUUGUUCGACUUGAAUGUGUACAAUGUGUAUCCUGGUGGUGGUGGCGGUGGUUGUCGCGGCUAUGGUGGUUUCGGUGGUGGCGGAUUAGGUGGCCUGGGUGGUUUAGGCGGCGGCUUGCUGUCCGAUCCCAUAGCGCCAGUUGCCCCAUUGCCGGUGCCAGUGCCUGUGCGUCCCUAUGCACCAUUCGCCACUUGGUUAUCGCUCUUUGCACCCGGCAUAUUACAGAACAGUCUGGCGGCCACUGUGCCACUAUCUGAUCCCUUUCCCUUGCGUCCAGCAUCUGCUGCUAACGAUUUGCAGAGUGAUCCUGCCGUUGAUCCCAACUAUAAUCCUACUCCAGUCCGUCGACCUGUUCCAAAUCGCGUCUACUACGACUCGGCCGGAGCGCCACCAGUGACUCCAGCACAGCUUGUGGGUGGAGUCGCCACAACAGUUAAUGGAAUCAUACAACAGCUGACGGGUCAAGUGCAACCGGUCUACCAAACAGGAGCCUAUCGCUCGAGGGAUCAUCGCAGCAGCUAUGGAUAAGCAACUGGAC